UCCGGGGCGGGGGCGGGGGGCGCGGGCACCGGCGACCCCGGUGGCGGCGGUGGCGGCCGGGGGAAGCCGCGGAGCCGGUCAUGCGGCUGCGGGGCCCGCGGCCCGGAGCGUGCGCCCAGCCCUGAGCGAGGCCCCGCAGGGCGCCCCCCGCCGCUGAGAAUGAGUCACUGCAGCAGCCGCGCCCUGACCCUGCUAAGCAGCGUGUUUGGUGCGUGUGGCCUGCUGCUCGUGGGCAUCGCAGUCAGCACUGAUUACUGGCUGUACAUGGAGGAGGGAACGGUGUUGCCGCAGAACCAGACCACGGAGGUCAAGAUGGCACUGCACGCUGGCCUCUGGCGAGUCUGCUUCUUCGCAGGCCGGGAGAAGGGUCGCUGUGUGGCCUCGGAAUAUUUCCUUGAACCAGAGAUCAACUUGGUGACGGAAAACACGGAGAAUAUUCUGAAGACGGUGCGCACGGCCACUCCGUUCCCCAUGGUCAGUCUCUUCCUAGUGUUCACGGCCUUCGUCAUCAGUAACAUCGGCCACAUCCGCCCUCAGAGGACCAUUCUGGCCUUCGUUUCUGGCAUCUUCUUCAUCCUAUCUGGGGGCUGGCGUGAUGUCGGUGUACUUGUUCACCAAGCGCUACGCAGAGGAGGAGAUGUACCGCCCGCACCCGGCCUUCUACCGCCCGCGUCUCAGCGACUGCUCCGACUACUCGGGCCAGUUUCUGCAGCCCGAGGCGUGGCGCCGGGGCCGCAGCCCCUCCGACAUCUCCAGCGACGUCUCCAUCCAGAUGACGCAGAACUACCCUCCCGCCAUCAAGUACCCGGACCACCUGCACAUCUCCACCUCGCCCUGCUGAGGCCAGCCCCUUCUCGGAGCGCCUCCACCUCCUCCUCCUCCUCCUCCUCCUCCUCCUCCUCCUCCUCCUCCUCCUCCUCCUCCUCCUCAGGGGCUUCCGGGCCCCCAGCCGGGCUCCCUCCCUCGGGGCUUCUCCCUCCCGACUGGAGGAUGCCUCGCAAGCUUUAGCCCCGCCCUCCCCGUGGCCCCUCCCCUCGCCCUAGCCCCUCCUACUUUCCAAGGGCUCCUCCCCCCUUCCGGGCCUUUCGACCUCUGCGGUCCGGUCCCUCGCAGACAGCCCCUCCCCCUCCCCUGCGGAUCCGGGGCGGCGGACCUCCCCACGGUGCGCACCCCGCGCCCGGGGGCCCCCACGCUGCGCCCCACGGCCUCCCCUCUCGCCGCCGGAGCUCCGGGCUGGAGAGUAGGUUCGGCAGCCGCCUGGAAUGCCAACCGUUCUCUCCUCCCCUCGGCCCCGACUUCUCUCCUCCGCCCAGUCUCCUCUCCGGAGCUUGGGGGCCCUCGGGUGCCGCGGACAGUGUUCUUGCUGCGUCCGCAGCUGCAGAGUGGGGUGAGGGGCUGGAGGCCCGGGCACGGUUUAACCUGGUGUCCCCACCACACACACACACACACACACACACACACACACACACACACACACACACACACAGUUCUCUGCUUCCCCGGGAGGCCCCAUCCUUCCUCGCCGGCUGGGCUCUUGGCCUUCUGAAGGUCACCUGCUUUCGAGGGGGCGCCGUCGGCAGGAUGUCCUUCCUCUCUCAGCAGCCCUGGGCUUCUUCUCUUUUUCCUCUUCCUCCUUUCUACCCGCUCAUCCAAAGCCCCUAGGUGCAUCUAGCCCCGCACACCCGCGACAGGGAUGGAGACCCUAGGGUGGAGGAAAGUCCUCCGUGCCAUUUCCACACCUGUGCCGGCCUUUUCCCCCUCGAGGCCCCGUCGGGGGAGGGAGAGGUAGUAGCGGGGGUCGAAACCCCCCAAACCUCGAAGUCUUCCAUUUUCUGGCACUCCCCCUCAUUGAGGUCCCUCUUCCCAUCUCAGACCCCCAACUCUGGCCUCUUUCAAGGGUCCAUCCGCCCCCUGGGACAGAUUUGGGGGGAAGAUCACCGGAAACUCGCCCUCCCCCUGAUUAGGGCAGAGGGGGUGAGGUAGCACAGUGCUGUACACGGAACCGGA